CUUUUUCCGUCUCAUCUCUUCCAAAUUUCGCUGCCAAUUCCCUCUGUAAGAAACCCUAACGUUUGAAAAUAGCGAAAAAGGGUUGAAGAGCGUUUUUGGAUGGUGAAGGAAUUCCUGAGUUGAAACGGACGAUCGAUCCGAGUCGCCGUGGUUAUUUGCUCAAUCCUCCGAUGGGCGCUGCAGGUUCGAAGCUCGAGAAAGCUCUUGGCGAUCAGUUCCCCGAAGGCGAGCGAUACUUCGGGCUCGAGAAUUUUGGCAAUACUUGCUAUUGCAACAGCGUCUUGCAGGCUCUUUAUUUUUGUGUUCCAUUUCGUGAACAAUUGCUAGAAUAUUACACAAAUAACAAAAAUCUCGCAGAUGCAGAAGAAAAUCUAUUGACAUGCUUGGCAGACUUAUUCAUGCAGAUAAGCUCACAGAAGAAGAAAACAGGUGUUAUUGCACCAAAGCGUUUUGUACAGAGGCUGAAGAAACAAAAUGAGCUUUUUCGCAGCUAUAUGCACCAGGAUGCACAUGAAUUUUUGAACUUCUUGCUAAAUGAACUUGUUGACAUACUGGAGAAGGAGGCUUCUGCUUCAAAAAGUGAUCCAGAAACCUCAUCCCCACCUGAGAAGACUGCAAAUGGGCCAAAGACUGCUCAGGCUAAUGGUGUUCAGAAAGAGCCUCUAGUUACCUGGGUGCACAAAAAUUUUCAGGGUAUACUCACGAAUGAGACAAGGUGCUUGCGGUGUGAAACAGUCACAGCAAGGGAUGAAACAUUUUUGGACUUGAGCCUGGAUAUUGAACAGAACAGUUCCAUCACAAGCUGUCUGAAAAAUUUUAGCUCAACAGAAACUUUGAAUGCAGAGGACAAAUUUUUCUGUGACAAAUGCUGCAGUUUACAAGAGGCCCAGAAAAGAAUGAAGAUAAAGAAACCACCUCACAUACUGGUCAUCCAUUUGAAGCGGUUCAAGUACAUUGAGCAGCUGGGCAGGUACAAGAAGCUAUCUUACCGGGUUGUUUUCCCGCUUGAGCUGAAGCUGAGCAAUACAGUAGAAGAUGCAGAUUCUGAAUAUUCCCUCUUUGCUGUGGUUGUUCAUGUUGGAAGUGGGCCCAACCAUGGGCACUAUGUGAGCCUUGUGAAAAGUCAUAACCAUUGGUUAUUUUUUGAUGAUGAAAAUGUGGAGAUGAUUGAUGAGUCUUCCGUGCAAACUUUCUUUGGGUCUGCACAGGAGUAUUCGAGUAACACUGAUCAUGGUUACAUCUUGUUCUAUGAGAGCCUUGCUACAAAUGACAAGAGCUAAGAAGCCGGGGAUUCAGUUUUAUGAUGUGUAGGUAUUCUUAAUCUUCGAACUCGAUUUUCUUUUGUUCCCUAUGUUUUAUUUAUUUCUCUUUAUCACCCUAUUUAACCUGUGGGAAGAGCCUCUCAAGUAUCAGUGAGAUGAUAUGGGAUGUGAAAAGUGUAUACUUAGGUGGUUGCCAUGUACAGUGGGUGGUGGAAGCUCACCGUCCUUUUUUUUUUCUUUUUUUUUUCUUUUUUUUUUUAACAAUAAGGGGAAAAAAAAAGCCGUAUAUUUGGUGGUGAAUGAGGAUUUCAGAGAGAAAUUUGUACUCUUCAUAACAAUAGAAAUGCAAUGAAUGAAAUUGCUCCCAACCAAUGGCUAUCUAUAUGAACCUACAAAGAGGCUAUUUUUUUGUAGGUUUAUUUUUUGGAUGCCUAUUUUCCUUAUAGCAUUGGAUUGAUGGAGGAUAGUUUGAGCUA